AUGACAAACCCAGAUAAGAUAUGGAAGGCCACACUGGAGGAGCCCAGUGGCCAGGCCAGUGCCGGGCCAGCCAGUGGAGGCAUCGGAGGCGAGGACCAAUGCCCGACUGGGAAGAGGGGUGGUGCGGAUGAGCGCAAGGCAUCUGGUACGAGCCUGUACGGCAGUAGACCACAUCCGCGGGGAGAAGGCCGAAGUAGAGGGGGAGGAACCGCUUGCGGGGAUUCGAGGGAGAUGGCCAGGGGAAGGAGGAAGAGGGCGGAUGUCGGCAUGGAUGGAGAUGAGGAUCGGAGGAGGAGGAGGAGGCUGGGUGAUCGACAGGUGAGCAGGCACGGGUCGGCAGAGAGGGCGCAGUGGGUCACGUGCAUGGUCACGUGCCCAAGGAGCACAGUGUCCCCUGACACCGACGCUGCAGCGCUCAAAAAGCUCAAGAGGAUUGACGCUGGGAAACAUCGCCGAGCACCGCGUCAUCAGCCCAGCUCGUCGAGGAAGAAGAUGUCGUGGAUUUGGACGGUGCCUGGAGCAGGAGAGGGCGAGGAGGAGAGUCUGCACGACUCUAUCCGUGUAGAAUGGACCCGUGCUAAGGCAAGGAAGGAGCGGUGGGAGGAGGAGGUCAAGCUCAUUCGGGAGGAAAUGCGGCGGGUUCUUCGGAGCUUGGCGUGGGAGGUGUCAACGUGGCAACAGCGGGCGGUGAUGGAACGGAGCGAUCUAGACCCGGUGACAGCAAUGGGCGCAUCAGCAUAUGCGGCAAAGCAAGCAAGCUUGUAUGCGCGCCUCUCCGUCCACUUCAAAAACCGUUUUAGUAUGUCUCUUGGGGAGGCUGCGAGAUAUGCGGAGAGUACAGAUGUAGACUACGAGGGCGUGCCAAGGUUGUUCCAGGAAUAG